GCAAGAGGAAGAACGACGACGCGUCUUGGAUCAAAUCAAUCGCGACGUUGACCUAAAAUCCCAGAAAAACGAAAAAAAAGGCGAGAAAAGUGGGGAAAUCUCAAUUUUGAUUCUUCAUCGAUUCCUAAUUCUUCGAAUUUAGAAGCUGAAUUUGAGAUUCAAAGUGGUCCUCGAUGCUCUCGAAGAAAUUUAAGCCGGCAAAAUGCAAGACGUCGUUGAAGCUUGCGGUUGCUCGAAUAAAGCUAUUGAGGAACAAGAGAGAGGUUCAAGUCAAGCAAUUGAGAAGAGAAUUGGCUCAACUUCUCGAGAGCGGACAGGAACAAACUGCUCGGAUUAGGGUUGAACAUGUUAUCCGGGAAGAGAAAACAAUGUCUGCAUAUGAGCUCAUUGAAUUAUAUUGUGAACUUAUUGUGGCGCGCUUGCCAAUUAUCGAGUCACAAAAGAGCUGCCCUAUUGAUCUGAAAGAAGCAGUAGCUAGUGUGAUUUUUGCAUCUCCAAGAUGCGCAGACCUACCGGAACUUUUAGAUAUUCGCAAGCAUUUCUUAGCAAAAUAUGGAAAGGAGUUUAUUGGUUCAGCUCUUGAAGUCAGGCCUGAUUCUGGAGUUAGCCGCAUUGUUGUUGAAAAGUUAUCAGCCAGGGCACCUGAUGUUGAAACAAAGAUCAAGACGUUGACAGCAGUUGCCCAAGAACAUAAUAUUAAAUGGGAUUCAGAAGCAUUUGAGGAGCAACUUACGAAGCCUCAGGAUGACCUAUUGCAUGGACCAAAUACCUUUUCCAGUGCCAGCAAGAUGAUGCCAAUGGAGUCCUCUAGUAUGACUUCUUCACCUGCGCCUAUUCAAACUGAUGAAUCAAGGGUGCAAAUUCCUCAAAAUGACGCUGCACGUAGUACAACAACUUUUCUUGCGUUUUCUGAGGCGAACGGUAGAACUGGCACUUCAGCAUCCUUCACUUCUCAGUCUGGAUCAAGACAAUCAGAAAGUAGAUCUCGAGGUGAAGAAGUCAACAGUUCAUACUCUAGGGAAGGAAAUACUUCUUUGAAUCAUCCAUCUUGGAACAUGGAAUUCCAGGAUGCUACUUCUGCUGCUCAGGCAGCAGCUGAAUCUGCAGAAAGGGCUAGCAUGGCUGCUAGAGCGGCUGCAGAGCUUGCAAGUCGUGGAAACAUGCCUAGACAAAAUUCUAGUGAAUCCAACGAAUCACCCACGUCUAGCAAGAAAUAUGAAAGACCAGAAAAACUAAGGGCAUUUUUGGGUGAACAUGUUGUUGAUAAGCCUGAUUCUAUGGGGAGUGGCGAAAUUAGAAAUUCUCGAGGCAUGAAAACUGAAGUGCAACAUCUGCAUCAGGCUGAAAGACCACAAACGAGCUCAAGGAGAGAGGCCGAAAGGACAUCCAGUGACUAUUCAACUGCUAGGAAACCAACCAGUCAAUCUUCACGGCACUCCAGUCAGGAUUUUAUUUAUGAUGAGGAUAUCAAUCUUCACUAUGAUGAUCUGAAGGAUUAUAGUCAUGGCCAGAGGAUUCCGUCUGAGUCUGAAGCUGUGGAGUCGAAUCGGCUGAAUAUGAAAUAUGGGAAUGCUGAAUCUAGUCAAGAGAACAUAAAUGUUAAUUCCACAAAAACAGCUUCUUCCGAUUUUGUUGGUGAUGAUGAGAGAAAUUGGAACUCAGAUAUCUACAAGCAUGAAAAUUAUGGAGGUGAGGCUUCUAGAAUGGACACGAGAGAAGCUUCUGUCAGAAGUGAUCACAAACAAUCAACUUCAAGUGAUUCUUUUGCAGUUGUAUUUGAUGACUACGGUUCUGAUGCUGAAGAUGACAAUUUACAUUUUGGGGAAAAGAAAGGAAAUAUGCUGGAUCUGUAUAAUGGAGGGGAAUCUUCUAGUUUCCAGUCUAAUGAAGGUCCUUUUAGUAUUGACCAGAAUAGAACUGGAUCCUUUUCUAAGAACACCGGUGCACAGUUGCAUUUAUUUAAAGAAUCCGAGCCUGACGAGCAUUCUAAGACAACAACAGAAGAUAUGUUCCCUUCACGACCUGCUUUUGAUGACUCAGAUGGAGAAACCAUGGACAGUGAGGAUGAGGUUGCCAAGUCUGUUCACCACGAAGCAAUGAAGAACGGUAGUUCUUUGCAUGAUCAUAGGCCAUUCAUGAGAGGUUCAGUUUCAGAUGAAUCUGCUGGCACUACAGAUCACUUUGAUUUGGAAGCGAAGGAAGUUGAAGAAAAGAUUAGAAAUUUUGGAGUCUAUGAUGAAAACAUUGACACGGAUUCAGAUGAUGCUGAUAAAUUUUACAAAAGAUCUGGUUCGGGUAGCCUUCCUAAUAAUCAGCCACCUCCAAGCAGGAAUAUGUCUCCUAGGGAUUCGAGUAUCUCAGUUGAAGGUCCAGCAUACAGCUCAAGUGAUGAAGAAGAGUCACAGCCUUUGCGCUUAUCCAAAAGACAGCCCCCGAUGGAAAAUGAGGCUAAUAGGAGGACAACACUGCAAUCGUCGCAUUUGGGUAGUGAAAUUUUUGAAGUUUCAGAUGAGCUUAGUAAUGAAAGUGAACAGGGCAUAAACUUUGGGAGAUUAACCGGUGGACUUAAACACAAAGGUUUCCCUCGCCCACCUUAUGUAAGAAGCUCUGCUGCCGAUGUUUCGCUGUCAUUGAAGCAAACCUCUGGCUCUACUUCCAUCCAUGAAAAGCCUAUCAUUCCAAACGUGGACAACAUGCAAUCAGCAAGCUCUGAAGUACCAGAUCAAGAAUCGCACAAAUUGAAAUCACAUCCGAAAGCUUAUGCAUCUGAGUCAAGAACUUCAGGAGCUUCCAUUGAUUCUCACUUGGAAACUGCUGAAGAUGUUUCCUCUAAAUCUGAGAUUACAGAAGCUGUAGACUUUCCAGCUCAAGAGUCAUAUUACCCAAAAUCACGAAGCAAAGGUUAUGAGGAAAAAAGCUCAAUGUUUCAGGAAAGACAAGGUCAUCCAGUCAGCAAUGAACAAAAUCAUUAUCCUGUAGUUACCCGACACUAUAGAGACAGUGCUUCAGUGCCUCCAAAACAAAGUGUGGAUGCUUUCCCUGAGAUUGAUAAAUUAACUGCUUCCGUUCCAAAAAAGACCUAUGCAAGUUCUGAAGCAAUCAACCUGGAUCAAUAUGAUCAGAAAUCACAUACAAAAGCUAAUAGGGAAUCCAGCUCGAGAAGGACUCACUUAGAUUCAGAGACUGGUGGAGAGGCUAGUGGAAAUAAGAUGGAUCCAAUUUAUACUUCUGGCAGUAGAAUUAAGCUUUCUCGCAGGACAAAGGAAGUGCCAUCAGAGUCCCAAAGUAGUUUUCCAGAGGUUACCGGAGCUCCUUUUAACACAGCUUCUGAGUCAGUAACCCUUCAAGGGAGAGUAAGUUCUAAGCCUGUACAGACAAAUCCAUCUGGUCAACAGCCUUCAGUCGCACCUAAGCAGAUACCAUCAACCUUUGAGGAAAGUUCAAAGUCAAAUCUUGGUUCAUCAGAGGAUGUAGCUCCGAGAAGCAGUGUGAAUACAAGAUCUUCUAGUUUAAGUGGAGAGUCAGUAUCACGAGAGAGCUCACUCAAUCAGGCUUCUCAUGUUCAUCCAAAGCUUCCUGAUUAUGAAUCUCUUGCUGCUCGUUUUCAGUCACUACGGUCAAAUAGGCGGUAAAUAUUUAGGACCUACACUUGUUGUCUCUAUUCUUUUAUUUUGUUGUGUGGCUAUAGUUGGCUAAUAAGUCUGAGAAUUAUUUCAUUUCAUUUAUGAUUGUUAUAUAGCCGAUAAAUUUUGUCCAUUUUGUGUGGUUUAUACUGUUACAUCGUAUGAACAAUAAUUCGUCAUGGGAAUAAGAUUCAUUUUUCUGGGAUUUUACACC